AGAGGGAAUGUUCCCGGCCGGGUGACAGAUAUAUCCAUCUCCCGGCAAGGGGGACAGAGAGUUCCAAAAGUGCUCUUUUGUAAAGGAACAACAGCAGCAGGAGGAACAGCGACAAACAGACCCGGCUGGGUCAAAUGGUAGCAAUGAACUUCCUUCCUCCGAAAAUCGGGGACCUGCCAGAACUGUGACUUCGUUGCAAUUUGCUGGAGGCACCUCGAUCCUGGGGGAGGUGAGGGGCCGAGGAUGGCAGCGAUGGCGAUUCAUGCCCUCGUCCGGUACAUCUUUGUUCUCAAGCUGCUUUUCCCUGCCUACGGGAACAAGCUGCUGCCCAACAUGCCAAACGUCUGUGCAGAGCGACAACUCGCAAUGGUCAGUCACCGACAGCCACGCAUCAGCUCCUUCUCUCGGUUAGUUAAAGUGUGGAAUCCAAGUUGUCGAGGGCAUCCGUGGUGCUUGGGCUAUGAAAGGAGGAUGGUGUAUUACAUGGACAACAGGCAGCUCUACAGCAUGCAGUACCAGACGGUGUACAGGUGCUGCCCGGGAUGGUCUCAGUUUGGAGAGGACGCAGGCUGCCUUUAUCCUGUCUGCAAUUACGGCAUGUGUUUCAAUGGAGGCAAGUGUGCGGAAGGCUCCUCUCAGGUUUGCCACUGCCCUGCAGGCUUCCAGGGCCCCAGCUGCCAAUAUGAUGUGAACGAAUGCGAAACCGGGAACGCAGGCUGCGAAUCCCAGUGCUGUAACACAAUUGGGAGUUUCUACUGCAAGUGUCCUGAAGGAUCCAAGCUUAAAGACGACGGAAAGUCCUGUGAAGAUGUUGACGAGUGCCAAGUUCACAAUGGGGGCUGCCAGCACAGAUGUGUGAACACUCUGGGGUCCUAUUACUGCGAAUGCAAGCCAGGCUUUCGUCUGCACACAGACGGCAGGACCUGUCUUGCCAUAAACACCUGUGCUAUCAACAACGGUGGAUGUGAACAUGACUGUGUGCAGCUCACCCUCUCACAGCAUCAGUGCCAAUGCCGGCCAAAUUACCAGCUGAGGGAGGAUGGGAAGCAUUGCAUUGUGAGAAACCCAUGUGCCGACAGGAAUGGAGGCUGCAUGCACCGGUGUCAGAGCCGGCGUGGGGUGGCGCAUUGCGAGUGCCACCCUGGAUACAGGCUGGCGGCUGACAACAAAGCUUGCGAAGAUAUCGAUGAAUGCGUAGCAGGGAUAGCCAUGUGUGUGCAUGGUUGUCUGAACACCCGCGGCUCCUUUAAAUGCACCUGCAAUCCAGGCUAUGAGCUGGGGGCGGACGGCAAGCAGUGUUACCGUAUAGAAAUGGAAAUUGUGAACAGCUGCGAGACCAGCAAUGGGGGCUGUUCCCACCUUUGCCACCACACCAGCACCGGCCCCGUCUGCAGCUGCAACUCAGGCUACCAGCUGGAUGAAGACAAGAAGACUUGCAUUGAUACAGACGAGUGCAGCGCUCGUUCUCAUUGCUGCCACCAGGACUGCUACAACUACCCAGGGGGUUACGAGUGUGUUUGCUUCGCUGGAUACAGGCUGAACGCCGACGGCUGCAGCUGUGAUGAUGUGGACGAGUGCUCUUCAAAUAAUGGCGGAUGUGAACACCUCUGCCAGAACCUGGUGGGGUCUUUCCAUUGCAGCUGUCAGAUUGGCUACAAGCUCGAUGAAGACCGAAGGAGCUGUCUCUUGCUCGAUGAACCAGUGGAGGCCUUGGAUGGCCGGCGUCCCAUCUUCCGUCCGCUCCCCCACGUGGCGGUCCUGCGAGAUGAGCUCACCCAGCUAUUUGAUGAAGAUUACCUUGAGGAGGAGGAGGAGGAGGCGGAAGCAAGAGGAGAGCACACGCUGUCUGAGAAAUUCAUCUGCUUGGACGACACCUUCGGCCACGACUGCAGCCUGACGUGUGACGAUUGCCAAAAUGGAGGGGUGUGCAAUGAGGACCGGACAGGCUGCAACUGUCCUGCUGGCUGGAGUGGGAUCCUCUGCAACCAAACCUGCCCAGAAGGUACCUUUGGAAGGAACUGCAGCUCUACCUGCCUCUGCCAAAACGGAGGUACCUGCAACCCGGUGACAGGAGCCUGCCGCUGCCCGCCUGGAGUCAGCGGGGAACUGUGUGAGGACGGCUGCCCCAAAGGAUUUUUCGGGAAGCAUUGCAGGAAGAAAUGCAACUGUGCCAACAGAGGGCGCUGCCACCGAAUCUACGGGGCCUGCCUGUGUGACCCAGGCCUUUAUGGGCGAUAUUGUCAUUUAGCUUGUCCAAAGUGGGCCUACGGCACAGGCUGCUCAGAGGAAUGCCGGUGCACACAAGCAAACAGCCAGGAGUGCGACAAAAAGGACGGCACUUGCGUGUGCAAACCCGGCUACUCCGGUGACAGAUGCCAGAAAAAAUGUGAUCCAGGCUAUUACGGCGCCAGGUGCAGAAGCAAGUGCGAUUGCCCCUCUGGUUCGCCCUGUGACCAUGUCAGCGGAGAGUGUCAGAAGCAGUGCGCAGCGGGCUACCACGGAGAGAACUGCAGCCAGGAAUGUCCAGAAGGCAAGUUUGGCAUGAACUGUUUACAGACCUGUUCCUGCAGUGGUUCGCAGUGUAGCCGCUUCACUGGGCAGUGCCACUGUGUGGCCGGGAAGACUGGUGUGGAUUGCAGCCACGAUUGCCCUGAAGGCCACUGGGGUAGAGGCUGCCAGGCGCUCUGCCCAGAGUGCAAGAAUGGUGCCCGGUGUGAUCCUGCCACUGGCGUUUGCUUGUGCCUUCCUGGAUAUACAGGCAGCCAUUGUCAAGACGUAUGUCCACCUGGAUGGUUUGGGCAAGAUUGCCAAAUGCGCUGCAACUGUGGGAACGAAGGAUACUGCCACCCUGAGACGGGGAGGUGCAGCUGCCUGCCCGGAUGGACGGGCCACAAUUGCCGAAGAGCCUGCGAUGCUGGCCGCUGGGGUCCCGAUUGCACCAACACUUGCAACUGCAGCAACAGUGAUGGGAGCUGCAACGCUAUGACGGGGCAGUGUCUCUGUGAAGCCGGCUACACCGGGACCCGUUGCGAUCAGAAGUGCCCCGAAGGCUGGUUUGGUCCAAGCUGCCGCCACAGGUGCCAGUGUGACAACGGCGCUGGCUGCGACCACGUCAGCGGGGCCUGCACCUGCACCCCGGGAUGGAGAGGAACCUUCUGUGAACGCUCAUGCCCUGAUGGCUUUUACGGGACGGAGUGUCACAAGGCCUGCCGGUGCCUGAACGGAGCCCGCUGUGAUCACGUGACCGGACGCUGCACCUGUCCCGCUGGCUGGAUCGGUCCCACCUGCAAUCAAACUUGCCAGGCUCAUCGCUAUGGGGAGAACUGCAGCCAGGAAUGCAGCUGCUCCAAUGGGGCCACCUGUGACCACAUGAGCGGUCGGUGCCACUGCGCACCUGGAUGGACGGGAGAGACCUGCCAGCAAGUGUGUGCCGAUGGCUCCUUUGGAGCAAGCUGCCAGCAGCAGUGUCUUUGUCAAAAUGGCGGGACGUGUGAUCCAGUCACUGGGAGCUGCGUGUGUCCCAAAGGCUGGACAGGACUGGCCUGCGAACAGGAGUGCACCCAAGGAAAAUAUGGGGUCAAUUGCCAGGAGAGCUGUGAUUGCCUGAAUGAGGGCUUUUGUGACCGGCAGGCCGGGCGCUGCCUUUGCCGCAGCGGCUGGACAGGAGAGAAGUGCCAAAGCCCUUGCCCCGAGGGCACCUACGGGGAACAGUGCAAGCAGCGGUGCGACUGCGAGCAUGGGGUCUCCUGCCACCAUAUCACAGGGGCCUGCGAUUGCCCGCCAGGGUGGAGAGGACACCACUGUGAUAAAGCCUGCCUGCCUGGGUCAUUUGGAAAAGGCUGCACUGCCAGCUGCGACUGCCCUCCAGGAACGCCUUGCAACCACAUCACGGGCGAGUGCAGCUGCCCCCCAGGAGUUACGGGCCAUGGAUGCGAGCAAUCCUGUCUCCCUGGGACCUUCGGAAUGAACUGCGCUCGGAUUUGCCAGUGUCCCGGAGUGAACCAUGACUGCCACCCAGUGACAGGAGACUGUAUCUGCGCACCCGGUUACCACGGCAGCAACUGCCGGCAAAGAUGCCCCUCUGGGCGUUAUGGUCCGAAUUGUGAGAGGCAGUGCAAGUGCAAGAACGGGGGGCAAUGUGUGACCACCACGGGAACGUGCCAAUGCCCAGCUGGUUACAUUGGUGCCGACUGCGGUACUGCGUGCCCAGCUGGUCGCUACGGUGUGGACUGUGCUCUAGUGUGUUCCUGUGGCAACACCGCCACCUGCCAUCAUGCGACAGGCCUCUGCCUUUGCCCACCGGGAAAAACUGGCCCCAACUGUGAGCACGGCUGUCCAGGAAACCGCCACGGAGCCGGCUGCAAGCAGACGUGUGCCUGCCGGAACGGGGGGAUCUGCCUCGCGACCGACGGCUCCUGCCUGUGUGGGCUUGGGUGGACGGGGAAGUUUUGCGAAUUGGGAUGUCCGCCAGGGAGAUACGGAGCCAACUGUCAGCUGAGCUGCACCUGCCAAAAUAACAUGACCUGUGACCCGGUGUCGGGAGCCUGCCGCUGCGGGAAAGGGCACUAUGGAGAUCUUUGCCAACACACUUGCCCAGCUGGUUUUCAUGGAGUUGGUUGCCAGGAGCUGUGCGACUGUCAGAACGGAGCCACGUGUGACCCGGCGACAGGGGAAUGUGUGUGCGCCCCGGGUUUCUACGGCAACCAGUGUCAGAAAGCGUGCGACAUGGGGACAUACGGAGACAAGUGUCGACAUCGGUGCGACUGUGAGGGGAACGCUCCGUGCGAGGCGACCAGCGGCCGCUGCCUCUGUCCUCCUGGGAAAACGGGUGCCAAGUGUGAUGUGGAUUGCCCACUGAAGAAAUUUGGCCCCGAUUGUGCUCUGACGUGCGAAUGCUCCAUGUCCAACGCUUACUGCAAUGCCCAGAACGGCCGCUGCGUUUGCCUCAACGGUUACAUAGGGGCAAUGUGUCGAGAAGGUGGCCUACCACAGCUGCUAACCCACACGAGACGACAACCAGAACAAUCUGCACAGUCUCGGACUUUUUACCGCGCUUCCUCCAGGGUGGUUGCCCCAUCUUUGAAGCACUAGUUUUCUGGACUCAUCACUUCCAGCGCAGACUUGGGCAGAAGCUACAAGGGUCGGCUUCCAAGUAUGGAACUAGCUCACCUGACUUGCGACACAACAGCUUGCAGAUCCGACCCCUCAAGAGCACAACAAAUACAAGAUUUCGCCCAGAGGAAUUGUCGUCCUGCACAGACUGAGCGAAAACAACUCAAAACAAGCAUAUAUCCACU